AUGGCAAGAGAUUUCAUGAAAAUUUUGAACAACGAUAGCGAAGCUUCGAAAGCAAAUCAGAGCCAGAGCCAGAGAAACAGAAAAGAGCCCAUUGCUCCCACAAACAGCUACAGUCAGAACACUUCGCAUCUUGCUUCUGAUCCCAACGUUGCCUUUAUGAACCACCAUAAUGUCGGUAGCAGCUUGAGAUCCACUCUCCAUCAACAGUUUCUGUCUCAAAACCAUUCCCAACACUCCCAGUCUUCUUCUCAACCAACUAUUCUGUCUCCAACUUUCCAUUCUCAGUCCUUCAACAAUGGCUUGAGUCUCCCAGCUGCAAGAAAUCCCGCCUUCAAUCCUCUGGCAAAGCACCAGUCUCUUUCAAUCCAGUCUCAGCUGCCUAAUAAUAACCUGCCUCAUUUACCACUGUUGAAUUAUUUUCCAAAUAACGACGGCAGGUCUGAAAAUGCUCCAAAUUCCUCGUUAAUCAGUAAUUCCAACCAAAAUCCCAGUCCCAAUGUCAACAUGAAUAUAAAUACUAUGGUGAAUUUCGACAGGAGAACAAGUAUAUCGAGUUUGACCAAUGAAAAUGACGUCGAUAUUCAUGGAAUCGAGACUCCUAGAUUUUCAAGACACUCGAGUCUUUUAAAUUACAAUAAUACUAAUAACAAUACCAAUAACAAUACUAACUCAAAUAUAAAUAACAAUACUAACUCAAAUAUAAAUAACAAUAGUAACAUUAACAGCUCUAUUUCUGGCAACCUGAGUGUAACAAACUCCCCAAUAUUAAAUAAAAAACCAUCUUUGGUUUCCCUUCAGCCAUUGCAUUUACCACUACAUUCUCAACGUCAGAUCCUGCCAAUAUCUCCUCCAAAACUAACUAAAAGAAAUUCUCUCGAUAUACUAAUGAACAAACCUUCCAAAGAUAAUCCUAGCCAUGAUACUAGUCGAAAAUCAUCUUUAAAGGAUCCACAAUUUAACCUGUAUCAUACAGAUAUUAGCGAGCUGGAAGAAUAUGAUAAUAAUAAUAAUAAUACAAAUAACAGUAUUAAUAACGAUCAUCACAAUACUAACAAUGUAGAAAAUACAAGCAAUAGCAAAAUUCAAACCGACGAAAGUGAUGAAAGCGAUGAAAGUGAUGAAGACGAUGAAGACGAUGAAGACGAUGAAGACGAUGACGAUGAAGACAUAAAAAUGAUCCACAAUGAAAUAAAAUCUUUUAAAAAUCAAUCAACAUUGAACAAUCAAGUUCAUGAAAAUCAAAUUUCUUCUUCUAUAAAAACCUCUAAUCCAAUUGAUAGCAAAGAUAAUUCUAAUAACUUUAAUAAUUCCAAUAACUUUAGUAACUCUAAUAACUCUAACUUUAAUGACCCCAAUAAUACCAAUAACUCAUCAAAAGAAUUAGAACUUUUACAAUCUUUAAAACAAAAUCAAAGACAAAAACCAAAAAGAUAUACAACUCCUCCUAUUUGGGCUCAGGAAUGGAUACCUCUAUCCCACUCAAAAAACAAUCAAAUGCUUAAUCAAAUCAACCAACGAAAUUUUAUCCCACAGAUUAUAAUUCCAUUAAAUACAAUUGGAGGAAGUGCUUUAAAAAAAGAUCCAGUAUUAAAACAUGAUUUGAAAAUUUCAAUUUUGGACAUCCAACCAUAUGAUGACUUGAUAAGAAAAAUAUCAGGAUGGCUAUAUGCAAAUUUAGCUCAAAUAGAUAGUGAAGAUUUAAAAUAUGUUGAAGUUGAAUUUAAAUUGGGUCAGAUUUGGUCAAGGGUUGAUGAUAGAAGAAUUAUGUUACCUAUUUCAAAUGAAGUUAUCAUAACUGACCAAAAUAAUUUUAAUUUUACUCCCGGUUUAAGUGAUAUUUUAUUUAACAAAUUAUCUUCCUAUUUAGAUGAACUCUCUUUAGUUCAAAAAAAAGAUGAAUUUGCUAUCAUGAAUAUAAAUCACAUUGAUGAAGAAUACGAAUUGAUAAGGCCCAAUGAAAAGCCCUUUGAGGCAAGAAUAACUAAAGAUGUUGACACACAAAGAGUGGUGGACUCAGUUACCAAAAUUAGAAUCUCGAAUUUAUUAAUUCAUAAUCCAAACAAUUCUUUAGAUUACAAAAUCUCUUUAUCUAUUGAAAGACCCGUAGAUACCUCCGAUGCUGCAAAGGGGAGAAAGGUUGUAAUAAGAAAGAAAUUAAGAAAGUCUUAUUUACACAAAAAGACAAAUACAAAAAUCGAUAUCACAAAAACAGCAACAUCAACACCUCUGAAGUUUACUCCAAAUAAAUUUGAAACUGUUAAUAAUCUAGAAGCCGAGUUGGAAAUGAACAAUAAAUUUCUUUUGGAGGGUUUUAAUGCUUUAGCAACUGGUGAAGAUGUUUAUACUUUUGAAGAUUUAUUAUUAAUUUUAAUGAAUAAUGCUAGAAUUCUUAACCGUCAAUUGGAUUCAAAGGUUUAA